GGGGCCGCGUCUCGCCGCCGCCGGCCGGGCAUGGUGUUGGGCGCCGGGCCCGCCUCGCCUGUCUCGAGGUGCCCAGGGUAAAGGCAGCAGUAAUGCUGACGCUGGCGAGCAAACUGAAGCGGGAUGAUGGUCUCAAAGGGUCCCGGACGUCAGCCACAGCCUCUGACUCCACUCGGAGGGUGUCUGUGAGAGACAGACUGCUCGUUAAAGAGGUUGCAGAACUUGAAGCUAACUUACCUUGUACAUGUAAAGUGCAUUUUCCUGAUCCAAACAAGCUUCAUUGCUUUCAGCUAACUGUGACCCCAGGAUUUUUUGUUUUGUUUUGUGUUUUUUUGAUAGAUGAGGGUUACUACCAGGGUGGAAAAUUUCAGUUUGAAACAGAAGUUCCUGAUGCAUACAACAUGGUGCCACCCAAAGUGAGAUGCUUGACCAGGAUCUGGCACCCCAACAUCACAGAGACAGGCGAGAUAUGUUUGAGUUUACUGAGGGAACAUUCGAUCGAUGGCACUGGCUGGGCUCCCACGAGGACAUUAAAGGAUGUUGUUUGGGGAUUAAACUCUUUGUUUACUGAUCUUCUGAACUUCGAUGACCCACUGAAUAUCGAGGCUGCAGAGCAUCACCUGAGGGACAAGGAGGACUUCCGGAACAAAGUGGAAGACUACAUUAAGCGGUACGCCAGAUGAUAGGAGGGGCGCUGCAGCGCGGACUGUGCUAGAGGGUCGUCUCCAGCUCUUGAGGGGGCCUCCAUCCCAGUCCUCGCUUCCCGCAGACCCUGGCUCUGCUGGGUCUUGUGACAUGUCCUGCGGAGGAACCUCUUCACGACUGCCCAUUGUAGACAGAGUUCCACAUAAAUACAGCAAGAAAAUGUGUUUGGGCUCUAAAGAGUUGUCUGCUUACCUUAACAUGUUUACUUUGUGAACCUGUACUGUAUAGGCUGAGGAAAUGCUUGAGAAGUGUAAUGAACUCAGAAUCGGAGCUUGCUUCUUACCUUCCCCCAAAUCACUUCCCUGCACAGCAAUGCCAAUGACCUGCCAGGAGCUGGCAGGUGGGCGGUCCCGAGCACGCUGCAAACUGUGAUUGGAUGAGCAGUCUCUUAUCUCCUCCCAUGAAUGUCAGCCCUGCCUCAGUGUCUGAGGCUUCCCAGAAUGCAGUCAUUCACUGUAGAUCUCUUACUGAAAUGCGUAUUUUAUUUAAUGUAAGUAUAUUUUGGAACAGAUUUGUAAUUUGUACAAUUUAAUGCUUUAAUUAUUUUUUUCUAUUCUCCUUUAGUUUGUAUUUUCAUUGUAUAGAGCAGACAGAAAGAUGUUGGGUCAAGCAAUUAUUGAAGAGAAAUACAAAGAAAAUAUGAAAGACAUUCAUUCUGUCCAAAUGCAGUGAGAAUUUGGGUCUUAAAAACCAGCUCUUGCUUUCAGGUCUGGGUGGGGCAAAGAAGUUUUAGAACCUGUGAGGCUAGAGCUGGAUGAUUUUGGGGGAAAAAAAGGCAGGGAGUCCUUUGUUGCAUUUGGCCCAGAGGAACUGGCUGGAGUGGGGCUGGGUGUUUCUGAGGGUCAUGUGCUUAGGAACUAGUAUGCAGGGACUAGAGCUACUUAUCAGAGACCCAGACCCUUGCUCCUGAGGGACAGGAGAAACCUCAGGAAGCAGCCAAACAAUGUCUGAUGCCACUGAGACUACACCUGUGGCCUCAGUCUGCUGUGGUUCCAGGCCCGAGUGGAGGGCGGGAAUCAGAACAGCAUACAGCCAUGCUCGGUCAGGUCUGCACACUUCAGAGGCAGCACACUCAGGAGACCCCUGGACCCGUGAUGUCAUAUGCAAAUAAAUAUCUGUAUGGUUUUGUCCACUGCC